AUGUCAAACCCGCCGCCCGUUCCCGAAGACACCUUGCCUGACCCCCUGGUGACACCUGCCACGCCUGCCCAUCAUGAUUGCUCGAAGAAUGCCGAGCGAGCUCGGUCUAACCCACGUCACCAUUCAUCGCAGGACCAACACUUGUCCCAGGGGGCUCAACAGGCGCAAUCCCCAUCGCGUGCAGAAUCCCCCACAACCACCCAUCAAUGGUCCCAGCCUGUCUCGAAUCUGGCCCUAAAAAGGGCGCCGACAAUCCCGUUGGAGAAUUUCCCCCGUCCCGACACUACUUACAGCCCACAACUGUCCGAGAGAGAUAGUAUCUUCGCGACCCAUUAUCUCCCCUCGGACAGCGCCGCAACUACCCCACAAUUACCACCCGAACAGCCCUCAGACAAUGAGCGCCAGGUCAAUUUAAUUCCUGGCCUGGAUGAUGUGUCUGGGUCUCUAGCUCCUCUCUCCAAGGUCUCUUCCCAUCGUUCUCACGUCGACCCUUCCCACAUGGAAGUUGACGUCCGCAGACACAUCCCAUUGCGCUCCUCUUCCCUCUUCUCCUCGGCCGAUGUCUCCCGUCUGUCUCGGCUGCGCUCAUCUAUCUCGUCCACAGACCAGGUGAAAGGCAAAGGGGUGCAGACAGGUGUUCAGUCGCGAUUGCCUGGGCCAUUGGAUGAAUCAGGUACGAAAACCGGUGGCUCACACAGUUCUGUAACUGAACGCAGUCUUCUUCCGUCCUUCCUAGACGAUGUCUCCCGGUCACCACAGUCUCUAACGCCCCCUGCACCCGGUCAGGACUGGCCGGUGAGCCCGGAGGCAGCACCUCAUACUUCUCUGGCAGACUCGUCUCGGGGUAUCGCGUUGGAACGGAGUUCAAGCAGAGGUCGUCGAGGUCGCGUGGAUAGUUCCAUUGAAGCAGACCUUAGCAACGUAGAGCCAGCCUCUAACGUGCGCAGCCGUAAGUCCAGUCACUACCUGGGCUUGUUCAAGGAAAACACCACCUCGCCAGACCGCAAACGCAGAGAGGACCGUGCCCAGCAGCACGAUGAGAAAUCUGAGCAGCCCGAUCGUACCAUGGAAAUUGAACACCCGACCUUACGCCUGGUGGCAGAGGAGGAGGGAUUACUUCGCAAAAGCAUCUCUCUUCCUUCACUAGCCGAUGGAACGACAUUUGACCCGCCACAGACGGCCGAGUCAACUCUCCAGACGGAGGAGGAUGAGCCUUACAAGCGUCGCCCGCCUACGUUGCCACGCACACUUCUUGAGGAAAUCCGGAACUUCCAUCUCACACCCGGUGGUGGCCGAGGUUCUUCCUUCUCUAAGAGUAUCCCGACGCAGUAUGCCGAACGUGGUCGUGAUUAUUUCCAGAAAGACCCUCACGUCGACCGGUUUUCCGAGUCAUUGAGUUCUCUCGAAGAGGAGGAGCGUCGAGCAUCAGAUCGGUUCGAAGACGACGAAGAGGAAAAUGAGCAGAUCUCCUCUGCUCUUUACUUCCCUCACGAACGUGUAGCUGUCUCCGAAGGAGUUGAAGGCGCGGAACCAUUGGUGUCUGACCCACAUGGUGCGCAACCGGUGCAGCUAUCUGCUGCGGAGAAGGGCCAUGAGCUCAUGUUGGUACCUAAAGAGCAGCGAAGUGUUUCAUCUGAGCAAGAAGCCGGCCACGUGGAUAUCUCAUUCCGGUCCAAAACCGAAAGCAAGACCCUUUACGGCGAGCUUGGAGAUAUCAGACAUCCCGCUGAAACCGUGCCGGAGAAGCCUCUAACUUCGAUUUCUGAGCGCACCUAUGAAUCUACUUGCGAAUCGGAAGCCCCUUCGGCGGACGAAAGUGGUCUAUCUGUUCAUGACGAAUCCAGUCUUACCGAUGAUGCUGAGUUAACACCAACCGCCACUCCAACUCAGCGCUCCCGUUUCCCUCCCAAGCCCAAGCGGAAGACCCCUGCCCCUCUCGGGGCAGUGGAACUGAAGCCUUACCGGCAUCAGGUUGGUGGGCAUACCACCGUUUUCCGUUUCUCCAGACGCGCCGUUUGCAAGCAGCUCAACAAUCGAGAAAAUGAAUUCUAUGAACGCAUUGAAAGAAGACAUCCUGAUAUGCUAGUUUUUCUUCCAAGAUACAUAGGUGUUCUGAAUGUGACAUUCUCGAAGACCUCCAAGCGCUCCAAGAACCGUCCAGACCAUGCUGCCCACGAUGCAUCCGAGGCAAAUCAUGCUAACGGAACCUCAUUGUCCAAUGCUCAUGCCCUCGAAGCCCCAGAGCCACAGCGGAUUGUAAGCCAGAAGCAAGUUACUGGUGUAAUUCCUAAAGUCAUUCUCGAAAAUAAUCGGCAUAUUAUCCCAGCCGACCUUUUCUCUCGCCCCCACCGACACCGACUGAUAGAUGAUACGAUGAUGGGACGACCUCGCUCGGCUGACGGCUUAGGGAAGCUAUCCACCGAAUCUGAUCCAUCUUCCUUGAGGAAGCGAAACAAGAUCUGGGGAGCUACCACAGUGAACCGAAAGCUUCAAGAGCAAGUUCUGCGGGAAGUCUUCAGUCCACCAGCGAUUCACCAACAUCGACGUCAUGCUCGCGGGCAUCUUCAACUACCUCGAGCAUCUUCCGAUAUUCCUCAUCGCCGUGGAAAUUUGUCAGAGGACCAUACAGCCAGCAGUCGCCCUUCUCCUCUGACCAAGAUGGACGCUACCCAGACCCCCGCAUUGACCAUCACAUCACACUCCGCCGAAGGCCAAACUCUUUCAUCGUCUGCCUCCACUGCCCUGGAAGAAAAUCGAAACCGACUUGAGAAGGUAAAAACCGAGGUCCAGCCAAAUCGGUCAAGCUCGCUUAGCCGAGGUCAACAGGUCCGACGGCGCCACUCGGGAGGUGGUCUUCAACGACGCGGUAGUCUCAACUCGCACAACACGGGUGAUCUUAUGUUCUUCGACGAUGAGGGCUAUGGUGGCGAUAGAGAGGAUGAAAUCUUCUCGAUGGAGGGCGAUGCCCCUGUCCCCCCUCCUGAGUCUCUAGCACUCAAGGCUUCCUCCUCUCCCUCUUCGGAAAGUACCUCGGUCAGCGAACAAUAUUCCUCGGAUCCCUCAAGUAGAAGACCCCUUGAGACACCACGGAGUACGGUCAAGGAUGACGAUGAAGACGUUGGCACCCAUUUGCCCAGCAACCCCAAGGAAGCUCAACUGAGGAAAGAUGAACGAGUCCAAUUCUUCCUUCUCUUGGAGGACCUCACGGCCGGUAUGAACAAGCCAUGCGUUCUCGACCUCAAAAUGGGUACUCGACAAUAUGGCAUUGAGGCAACUGAGAAGAAAAAGAAAUCUCAGAGGCGGAAGUGUCAGUCAACAACCUCUCAGCAACUUGGUGUCCGUCUGUGUGGUAUGCAAGCCUGGAAUGUCAAGAAGCAAGAAUACAUCUUUGAAGACAAAUACUUUGGUCGAGACCUGAAGUCUGGCCGAGAAUUCCAGGAUGCACUGACCAGAUUCCUCUUUGACGGGGUUAGCUACACCAGCGUUGCUAAGAAGAUCCCCAUUAUCCUGGAGAAAUUAUCUCUCUUGGAACAUAUGAUCCGAAAGCUGGAUCGAUACCGCCUCUAUGCUAGCAGCCUUUUGAUUUUGUACGAUGGAGAGCAGGCAACACCUCAAACCCCCAGUCAAGCAGGUGAACCACGUCCACCCCCACCCCGACGCCGGGCAUCCGAAGAUGGCCACAACAACUUCGACGUCCAGCUCAAGAUUGUGGACUUUGCCAACUGCGUGACUGGCGAGGAUGAAUUACCACCUGAUACACCUUGUCCACCCCACCAUCCUCAGGACAUUGAUCGUGGAUACCUGCGUGGUCUUCGCACACUACGAAUGUACUUCCAGCGGAUCAUGAGGGAGAUCACGCAAGACGAGUUUGUGGAACGGGGCGAAGGCGAGGCGAUUGCCCUCGGCUCCCAGCCUGCGGUCCGUGAAUCUUCCUCUGAUCAGUUUUGGGACGAGAACGUGAUGGAGACCGAUGCUGGGGAAGUCAGCUUCUGAUGUCUCGAUUGAUAACUUUUUCCUCCUCCUUCCUCGCUUUUACUUGUUUUAUUAUCUGGCGUUUUGGGGAUAGACAGUGUGUCCCGCAAUCGGAGUUUCCCUGUGAUUUCCGCUCGAUUUGAUGUUGUCUCAACGGUGCCGUCCUCUGAGUAACGAGGAACCUACGAAUAACGACCCCCCACGGAUGCUUCGACGACCCUCUAUCAACGCCUGAACGCAUUUAGAACCACGGCUGGCUUUUCUCUGGAUUUAUUCUUCUUUUUCUCUUUCUCAUUCUCCCGUUCUUUUUGAAACUUCGCUUCUUCCGACUAUUUGUGUCACAACUGGUCGCCUUGAUUCCCCACUUCAACAGUUCACUUCUCGGUCUUGUUUUAUUGAUAAUACCCGGCCAUCGGGCUAUCGGUUGAUCUUCUAGCAAUUCGCGGGGCUGAUGCCAGAUUACUGGCCUUGUACAUGAUAUUCGUUAGGAUUAGACAAUAAAUCAC